CCAUAACCUUUGAACCUACACUACACCAACCAGCAGACUAAAAUACUAACGCUGUUACUGUGAUUAAACAAAAGCAUAGAUAAAUAAUGCCUCUUCGCGUUUACUACGAUCUUCUUUCUCAGCCUUCAAGGGCUCUUUUUAUGUUUCUGAGAAUUAACAAUGUUCCUUUCGAAGGAAAGCCAGUUGCUUUAAGAAAAGGUUAACCACUAGCCAUUACCAGUUACUAACAAAACAUUUAUUUAAUUAAAUUAUUAAUUAAAUAUUAUAAUUAUAUUAUAUUAUUAAUUGAUAAUAUUAUUAAAUCAGGCAAUUUAAUUCAGUUUAUUCUGGAUGAGGAGGUUGUCGUAAAUAAUUCAAUGUGGACUGCCUCGUGAAAACUUGUGAAUUAUAAUUUUAAAAAUAUGUCCAAUUUAGUUUUGGGUGGGUUUUAAACUGCAGUCAUUAUCAUUAUCCUUACUUACACUUACACUAAAUCUAUUAGACUUAAACAUCCCUAGGACUUGGCUACUUUGUUAAAUUCCGGUUUUAUACUUAUUAUACUUUAAAAUUAAAGUAGUAAAAUUUUCAGAAAAAAAAGAGGAGCAGAAGAAUCAUAAUGUAUUCUGAUUUAUUUUUUUUUAAUUUUAAAAUUGGGAAUUGAAAAAUGAUUAAAGAUGAUUUUCUGAACUCAAUCUCUCACUCCAAGGGCAUUGAACAUGAUAAAAAGUCAUUUAAGAACCAUUUAAAGACUUUUUCUUUAAAUAGAGUUUAGGACAUCAGAGCGCUGUGAGUGUGAGCAUUCUAAAAUAACAUGGACGCAAGCGCUAUAAAAGUACGCAAUCAGUCAAUCAUCAUCAUCGACAUGAAGUAAAACAAGUCUUAAUAUAUUCUGUGUGUGGGUGGGGGGAGGUUAAGGUUAAAUUACAAAUGCAGUCUAAUUGAAAUUAUAAUAUAGGCAUAACCCCUCUCAAAUUGCAUCAUUAAUUUAAAGAGUAGGUCAUCAGCAUAAAACGUAAAUAAAGCAACUAUUAUUAGAUUUUAAAGUAAUGAAUGUGAAAGUUCCUUAUAGUUCUCUGAUUAACCUGCCUAAGGCCUAGCCCUCAAAUUAUUUUCAAUCCUAAGACUUAGGCAGAUCAAUCAUAGAACUAUAAGGAACUUUCACCUUCAUUACUAUCUAUAUGUUAAAUUAAAUCCCUAAAAUUAUAAUAAUAUCUUUGAAUGGUUCUAUAAAGCACUUGGUGUUUGUAUUGGUGCAUCUGCUUUCAUAGAAUAUUAUGAUAAUUAUAAAAGAUGUAGGCCUUUAUAAAAUGUUAAGCGUAUUAACCAGCAAAUUGGGAAAAGGCAAAGGACAAGUAUUUUAUUAAAACCUGUGAAUUUUGUUGCUAACAAGAGCCAUAUUAAUUGCUAUGAAAUUAAAAUUUUAUAUUUUUAGGUGAGCAUUUUGGUGACGAAUACAAAAAGAUAAAUCCUUUCUCUCUUGUACCAGCCGUAGAAGAUGAUGGAUUUCGACUUACAGAAAGGUUUAUUAAUACAGAAUUAUAAUACUUUUUAGCCUAAUUAGAUAACUUAGUGUAUCAAUUGAUUAAUUAAAGGCAAGAUUACACAUGUUCAUAUCACAAAUAAUAAUUCACUAACGAUGUGUUCAAUAGGUGCUCAAAAGAAAAUUCCCAGAAGCUAGCACUAAUUUGGAUUCUUAUAAGUGUGUUAAUUGAAUGAAUGUUUUGUCAAGUAACUUUAGUAGAUAGAAAGUUCUUGCAUUGCAGACACAAUAGUUUUGUGGGUUAUUUCUAGUAUUUGAUAUUUGUUUAUCACAACAAUUUUUUUUUCCUUUUAGUAUUGCCAUCCUAAAGUAUGUUUCUCGUAAAUAUGACCUGGGCGACCACUGGUUUCCUCAGCACAACCUGAAAAAGCAAGCUAGAGUGGAAGAAUAUCUUAAUUGGCAUCAUACAAACACUAGAGGAUUAUGUGCACUACUUUUCCAGCACCUGGUACUGCUUUUGUAUUUUUUAUAUUGCAUGUAAAAUGUUAAAUUUCUAUAAGCAAAAAAUCUAUUUAAUUAAUUUUUUUAACUAUCAAUAUAAUAUAAUAAAAACCCAGUGUAAAUUGAAAGGCUAUUGCUGACUUAUUUAUAAGGAGAAAUAAUUAGUGGCAAUAUUUAUAAACUAAAAAGUCAACAUAUUUUAAUUGUAGAAAAGAAUUUACUAGUAUUUGCUAUGGUAUGAAUUACCUAAAAUAUGCAGAUCAAGUUAUGAUUUUGAACUUUAUAAUAUUAUCAACUUUCAGCUUAUUCCAGUAAAAUUAUGAUCUCCACUUAAACAUCACAAAUGAAUGCAAUAUGAAAAGUCUGAAAUUGCAUUGAUAUUUUUAAGCAUGCUUAAAUCAUUAAAUAAAAUUUUUGGUAAUUUGAUUAUAGUCAAUACGAUGGUAAUGCCUUUCUGCCAAGAGUUUUGGGUUUGAAACUGUCAAAUCUUAACUGCCCCAGCUAUGGAUAAAUAGCUGUGUGGAAUGGACUCUGUUAGCCAAGAAAUACAACUAGUUUUAGGGAGGAAAUAAACCCCAAGUAAAAAACACCUCAACUACCAAAGUCUGAAGAUAGCACUGAACAGCAGAAAACUUGGUGUGGGUUUAAAAGUUGUAUUUUUGCUGGAAUAAAUCUAAAACAUUAAAAAAAAACCACACAAAUGAGUAAUGUCAAUUUUACGUAAGAUGCAAAAACAUAAUAUUAUGUAGGCUAUACUUAACAUUGAAAUGUAAAAAUUGAUUGAUCAAACAACUUUAAUCCAAAAAAUUCUAUUCUUUUUAAAAACCACCAAUGCAUUUUAUGUUCUUUUUUUCUAUUAACAGCUUAUCAUACCAAGAGCUACAGGAAAGCCAGUAAACCAAGAAAAAGUUGAGAAAUAUAGGGAGAAAGUUUCAACUAUGUUGUCACAACUAGAAUCCUAUUUUUUGAAAAACCAAACCUACCUGGGAGGUGGCAAUGAACUGUCAAUAGCUGAUUUACUUGGCGCAUGUGAACUAAUGCAGCUAUAUGCUUGUCAUGAACAAGGCUUGUAUGAAAAAUCGCCCAUAGUCAAGGCAUGGUUAGAUAGGGUGAAAAGGGAAACAAAUCCUUAUUUUGACGAGGCACAUAAAUUAGUGUAUCGAACACAUGAUCUCUAUAAGCAAAUAAGCUCUAAGUUGUAAAGCAGAUUCUGGGUACCAAAGUAUAAGACUUGUUUAUAUGUCCGUAUCAGCUUAGAAAUUAAGCUGACUGUUAACGUCAGAAACAUUAUUUAAAUAAGCCUGGUUAAAUGGCAGAUAGUAGACACUAAAAAUUUGGGCAAAUAUUUGAGCGCUCUUAAAAAAUUAUGUUAUUUCAUUUGUUUAAAUUUGACUUUGAAAAUUAUUUUUCACCUAGCUUUUGAUUGAUUCAAAAAACAUUUAAUACAUUUUCGGGUAAUUAAAGGAAAUACACAACAGAAAGCAAAACUUCACUUCAUUAAAAUCACAUAAGAUAUUUAUUUUUAACUAACAGUUUAAUUGAUUUGAUCAAAUCACUUUCUUUGAUGGCUUAUAUAUUGUAGUACCUGAGAAAUUUUUAACUGUAUAAUAUUGUUUCCCUUGAAUGAAGGGCAUUGCUUACUUGUCUCAACCUUCUUAUAUCACUGAAAAUGGGAUCUUUCACUUCCUUUCAUGCAGCCUGCAUGCUGCUGUUUGAUGCUAGUUUCAAAACGAAAGUGGGAAAAAAAUUACAUAUAUUGUGUACCAUUUAAAUUUUAAUGUAAUAAUCUUUAUUUUCAUCGCUUCAUUAAAAAAAAAUCAAUUUUGUUAUUUAUGUAUUAAGUUCAAUUCAUUUUUUGUAAAAGUAAAUAUUUUUACUCAGUCUGUUGUUUAAAAACUGAAGAAUUUUUGAAUUUAUUGUAUAUUAUUAAUCAGAAUUCAGAGAUUCUUCUUGAUUUUAUUAAAUUACUAUAAUUUUGUAGUUUUUAUCUAUGAGCAAAAUGUUUUCAAAGGUGUUAAACAUCAAAUCAUGUCAUCUCAGCAUUUAUUUCCUGGAGAAGUAAUUGAAGAUUAUCAAACUUGAAAUAUACUUAAUUUUCUUUUCAAAAAUACUUGAAAAGAUUUAUCAUUAAUAGGGCUUGUCAUUUAAUGGGAGAAAUCUAUUAAUAGAACUGAUGUCAUUAUUACUCAUCAUCCGGGUACUCAGCGCGGACAAAAUGUCAACACUGUUCAGUAUUACUAUGUUAGCGAAGUAUCUUUGAAAUUUGUUUACAACUCUAUUUUACGAAAUAUUUUACAUAUUAUUUUUUUUUACUUUUAUUUUCUGAAAUGCGACUUCAUUGCUUGAACAGCAAAUGUAACAGUAACUCGAGAUACAAGGAUCGUCCGAACUAUAUGCUGAAACACACUAUAAGCUGCCAUGUUUUAAGCAAUAUUUGUCCGCUGACCUUCUAAAAAUAGUACCCUAUGACGUUUUCCGGUCUAAGAAAUGACAAAGCCUAUUGAAAUAGAAGCACAACUGUUCUGUUCUCCAUGUUGAGUUACCUCCAGCUAUGGGUGUUGGCAAGGGGAGAAAAGGGGAAGCACUUCCUGCCCACUCUGGAUUUUAGAUUAUGCUUUGAACAAUAAAAUCUGUAUAGAGAUUUCAGUGUAGAGUUUUUAUACAGUUUACAGGCACCCAUUUGCCAGAUGUUAAUGUUUAUUUUCAGUGGUUACAAAAAUACAUAGCGAUAAUAUUUGAAUUUAUGUCAUUGUUAUUCCUGUGAAUUUUAAUGACUCAACAUGGUCUGACGAAUUUUGGAGAACAUUUGCAAGUCCUUUUUUACCACUGGUUUUCUGAGAAGACUAUUAUAUUAUUGAGAUCUUUUAACAUAAGAUUUUUUUUAUUAGUAUUUUUUGUGCGCCGUCAUAUUGUUUGCAAAUUGUGUUUGUCUCCAACUUUUUGUUUCCUUAUUAAAUAGAAAACAGCUAAAUUAUAUUUACUGUGCAGUACAGUGCAAUGCAUUUUUUCUUGUUGGAUACUCCAUAUUGCUGAAGACCGAAUUUAAGUAAGUAUGUUCGUGUCUGAUUAGAUUUUAUUUUAACCUGGAAAAUGAUAUGUAAAGCUAAACAUUAGUAAAGGAGAUAAACUCAACAGGUUUUUCAUUCAUUAAUGAAGAGAUUUUAUUAACAGAACAAUCAGCAGAAAUGGAAAUAAAAAAUCCAAAAUACUGGUGAGGAUACAUUUUCAAAUUUUAAUUUUAUAUGCAAAAUUCUUACUAGAUAAGCUUGAAAAAACUGAAAAGUUAAUUAUAUUUCUACCUAUAUUAUAUAGAACUGAACUAUAUGCGAUGUACUUCUAAUAUAGCUUAUGUGUAUAAAACAGUAUUAUUAUAGUAUGUAUCAUUCGUCAUUCAUGUCUGCUUUCUAUCCUCAUUUAUACAAUUUUUAAAGUUUUGAUUUCUUGUCAGUUGAUGCUUUUAUUUACUUUUUCCUUUUAAAUUUUUUCACUUUAUUCAUAAUAAAAUAAGAUUAUCUGUCAGUUUUAAUUAAUUUAUAAGUAUAAAAGGAAAUGUAACAAUUAAAUGUUUCUUUCCUUAAUUAAAAAAUAAAUAUUUAAAGCAUAUAAAAACAGAAUGAUUUAGCCCCUCAGAGCAAAACCUUUUAAAACAAAAAUCACAGUUGUAUCAAUUGUUAACUCUUUGAACUCUUUGCCAAAUACUACUACUAAAUAAAUUUAAAGAAAGAAAUCAGCUAUUUCAUCAUAAUUUUACACAAUAUUUAAUGAAAAAGUUUGCUGUACCUUUCUUUAAGAUGCUCCAUUUGCACAUGUGUCAAUUGACAGGUUGCUCACCCUGUUUGUAAAUUGUAGCCUAAAACUGUAUCUGAUUUUAUUUUAAAAUUUAUUCAAUGUUUUGAAAUUAUACAUUUUUAAAUUACUUGUUUAUUAAGUAAUUUUAUCUUAUGUUCAGUUGAAAGACUGGAGGAAGAAAUGACUAACUGUACCAGGACUGAUGAACAGUGGCCUUGGAAGGAGGUGCAGAGGGGGCAGUCUGGCGGAUGCACUUUUUUCCUUAUACUUAUAUUGAGGGGUGGAAUUUUCGUCCACCUGGAGAGUUUUCUCAUGGGGGGGGGGGGAACUUGAUAGGCCCCGGGUAGCACUGACCCUGGCUACUCCACAGGCGAUAA